AUGUCGCAAUCUCAAAUACUCCAAGCAAAUCUCCGCUCACGUCGGCGCCGAGGGACAACUUUCAGCAUGCAUGCAUGCCAUGUAAUUCCAGUCUCGGUCGCUGGAACGCCUUUAGACGCCGACUCUGUGCACGGCAAUGUGCGGCUGUUUUCCUCCUCUCCGCCUUUGAUGUCUGGCUACGGGCGCCUCGGAAAGUAG